AGUACCCGUCACCGGUUGACCUACCAAACUCAGCAGUCAGCUGUGUGUCUGCAUUGCAAAGAUGGCAGGAAGCAACUCUUAUACAAUAGUAGAAUAUUUUGGAGGGGAUGAUGGCUACCGCUGCGGUUACUGCAAAAAUGACAAGGGAAACUUCUCUCACGGAAUGUGGUCUCAUUCUAUGACCGUACAAGACUACCAAGAUUUAAUCGAUCGGGGAUGGAGAAGAAGUGGAAAAUAUGUUUACAAGCCCAUAAUGAAGAAGACGUGCUGUCCUCAGUAUACCAUCAGGUGUCAUGCACUGAAUUUCCAGCCUUCUAAAUCUCAUAAGAAAAUCUUGAAGAAAAUGAGCAAAUAUAUUUCUAAAGGAGAACUGCCAACAGCACAGGCGGAUGGGGAGCCAAUGGAUUCUGUCUGCGAAGAAGCUGGUCCACGGGAACCUACUAAAGUCUGUCAGUCAGAUUUAAAAGUUGUUGCUAACGCAGAUAUUAAAGAUGAAGUACCAAACUGUUCCGCUGCUACAGAAGUUCAGAAAAACUCAGUGGAUUCUACAGCUGGAAGUUCAGAAAAUUCCCAGAAUGAUUCAACUUCAGUCUCAGAAGGGGGAACAGAUGCCAAAGCUUCUAAGCCAGGGUUGGGAGCAGACCCUAGCCGUCCGCCUUGCAGAAAGGCCAAAGAUUUAAGAAAGGAGCGUCGUCUUCAGAAAGACCAGAAAAGACAACAUGGUGCUGGAAUCUCGCUAGCAAAGCCUGCCAAUACUAACCAACCCAAAACACUGGAGGAGUUCAUCAGCGAGUCUUUAGAGGACAACUCCUCUGAUCGCCUUGAGGUGAGGCUAGUGCCGGUGAACUUUGAGGACCCCCAGUUCUCUGCGUCGUAUCAACAAUCGGCGGCGCUGUACGCCCGCUACCAGAUGGCCAUUCAUGGUGAUGACCCAAGUGAAUGUAGAGAGAGUGAGUUCCGGAGAUUUCUUUGUGAUUCACCACUAGAGGCAGAACAUCCUCCAGAUGGACCGGAGAUGGGAUACGGCUCCUUCCACCAACAGUACUGGCUGGAUGGACGCAUCGUAGCCGUGGGAGUGAUUGACAUCUUGCCUGCAUGUGUGUCUUCUGUCUACCUUUACUACCACCCAGACUUUACAUCGCUGUCUUUAGGGUCCUACUCUGCUCUCAGGGAGAUUGCUUUCACAAGGAAACUGCAGAAACAGUCCACCAAGCUGUGCUACUACUACCUGGGCUUCUACGUCCACUCCUGCCCCAAGAUGCGCUACAAGGGACAGUACCGGCCCGCUGACCUCCUCUGCCCAGAAUCCUACACUUGGGUUUCUGUGGAGCAGUGCAUACCGCUGCUCAACAACUCCCGCUAUGCUCGUUUAAAUCAGGACCCUGAUGCAGGAGACUCUCAGGCGGUGAAGGAUGUGGGCAGAGCACUGGUGCUGCACAAGCGGACCGUCAUGCCCUACAUAGUGUACAGCUGCAAAUUUAAGGGCCGCAGCGACACGGCCGAGGUGCAGGAGUACGCCAGCUUGGUCGGUCAGGACUGCGCGGAAAGGAUCUUACUCUACCGCUCCUGAACACGGAGCAUCGCCCCACUGCCACCUCGCCCUGGAGAAUCAUCUGUUUUGAUUAAAAGAGCUCCCUGCUGCAGCCUCACUAUGCUUGCUUCAACACAAUCUACUGUGAGCAGGUACCUAAUCAUACAUACAGCCCAAUCAAUAAGAAUAUCAAUGAAAAGCUCAUUUAAAUCAGAAAGUAGUAUUUUGCUAACAGUGACAUUUUGAUGAUUAUGGCUUAUAGCUGAAAAACAUUUUUAGGACUAUUAAUUAUACAUGAGACAAAAAAUAAUUAGUACAGAGGAUUCCUAUUUCCAUAUUCAUUUUUUGUUAUUUAUAUGUACAUAUACAUAACUUUAUCUUUCAUUGACUUGACAGAAAAAUUUUACCCAACAAUAUUAAAACUAUGCAUAUUACAAAUAUGGAUUCAUGCAUUUUCAAGGAAACCUAAAGGGUCAUUUUGUUUGUCUUUUUUUGGCUUCUAGCCCAGUUUAAUAUCAGUGUUUUAACCUACACCUCUGAUGUUUAACUGAGCAUGAAUUAAGGGGGUCAGACAAGAAACCAAACCACUGAAACAAUCAUUUUUAAACAGAACAAAGGUAUAAAAGUUUACAAACUGUGUCAAAGCGUUGUAGAUUUUGAAACAGAGCUGAUCUGAACUAAUCCAGAUGGCAGCAAAAGCAGGGAAUAGCUCUUUAUCAAGUGUGUUAUUUCAGGAUAUGUAAAAUAUACAGAUAAUCAGCCCAGACUAAUGGAAAUUCUUGAAAAUGUUCAAUUUAGCAUUUUUUUGUGUGCUUAAAUUUUCAGAAUACAAAAGAAAUUUGCAAAAGCAUGAAAAUUUCAGGCUAGAAAAGUGUUUCAGUAAAAAAAAAAAGGAAUACUAAGUCCAAAAAUGUUGACCUACUUAAAUUUAUAUCUAUGUAUUUUACAAUAUACAAACUUGUUAGUCAAGGUUCCUUUUCCAUCAACUGCAUUAAUACAACGUUGCAUGGAGGCACAGGUUGCUUUUUUCAUCUCACUUUAUCCUUCCACUCAACUUUCCAUCAUUAUGCUGGGUAACAGGACUCUGAACAUCCAGCUUCUGUCACAAUGACCUUUUGUCCUAUGAAGGGUGUCUUUGACUGCUGGUUUUUAUGCUGUCGUACUCAAGUGAGUUUCAUUAGCUGUGGGCCAUAAUCAUCCAAAUGAAUAAAAUGACUGAAUUAAAUUACCUUUUCAGUGAUGAUGUAAUUUAUUGAGAUGUUUAUCUGGCUUGCCACAAGACCGGUCAACUGAAUAUUUUUAUUCUUUUUAUUUUUUUUUGAGACGAUAAUCAGUUUGAAUUCUUCUCUUUUAAACCAUCCUUAAAUUUUAUGUUUAAGUUUUUAUGUUGGAAACCAGCAUCGGGUUAGAAAGCUGACUCCAAUUUGACUUCACUGCUUCCUUAAUGACAUGUUCUGUUUUGAAAGUCAACUAUUUGUCUUCUUUGUUUUACUUUUAUUCAAUAAAAAACACAUUUAUUGUCUCAUAUUAAACUACAGUAAUUUAAUGACUUUCAUGUACAAGGUUACUUUAAACCAUGUUUCUGUUUUAAAUGUAAUUUUCUUUAUAUAGUCUUUCUGUUCUUUUGUUUGUUUAAACCAAAUAAACAGUUUGCAUAUUCAA